GCAGUAAUGCUCAGGACGCAGUUUUGUCUGAUGCUGAUGUUACCUCGCAGUGACUGGUUUUCAUGCGAUUCACAGCUAUUCGCAAGCUAGUAGUAGCAUCUUCGUCGUGGAACUCGCGCAGUGGCACAUUUUCGCGAGCGCGAUCUCGAGGGCCUGAAUGUGUCCAGGAUUACUGGCGUAUCGUAUUUGGAUGAUUGAACGCAGUGUCUCUACAGUGCGUGCUACGAAGAGCACUGUGGUGCCAAUAUUGCGCGUGCUUGUGGAUUCCGCUGUUCUAUACUCUGCAGUCCUCUUCCCUGCACUAAUAUAUUUCGUGUUCUCGAACAUCGGAGAGGCUGUGGUGUUGGACAUGGCCAUGCCGAUCAUGUCGAUUGCCUUUUACAUGGUGCUCAUUCGCAUCGCAAUCAAUAGAAACCGUCGCUUCCCGACUACUCCUAGGACAGCAAGUGAGAUUGAACAAAGAAACUCACGGCGAUAUCACAUGGGUCCUUUACAACUCCAUGUGUCCCAAUUUACCCACAACGACGGCAAUUCAGUCUACGGUACAGGGACUAAAGACCGACCAUCGAUACGCACAGCUGAGUCUGAAUGAGGAACCUUGCAGAAUGUAGUCAGUUCGAAUGUUGCCUGG